AUGGAGUUUGAUCUUGAGAACCCUUUGCCACCUUCUGAUGACACAUUCCCUUUACUCUUCAAAAUGGAGAGUGAUCAUAUGCCUGCCAAGACUUAUUCGCAGUCCCUCGACUCUAAAGGCUCUAACCGAACAAUUCGCAGCGAAAUCAUGAGCUCAAUCUCCCAUUUUUCGGGUAAAUUCGACCCGUUCUUGAAGUAUCUUGCUGUUAAUUACAUGGACCGGUUUCUUUCUACUCAUUCGAUCCCGGAUGGGAAGCUGUGGAUUUUCGAUCUUGUGGCGAUUGCUUGCGUUUCGUUAGGACUGAAAAUGAGGAAAACAGAGUUCUCUGUUUCUGAUCUUAUUCAAGAUGGAGACUUCAUGUUUGAUUCAAGCACGAUCAACCGAAUGGAGUUGCUAAUCCUCGGAGCUCUAAAAUGGCGUAUGCGCUCAGCAAACCCAUUUUGUUUCUUGAGCUAUUUCAUCACAUUCGUCACGUUCAUCGACAAGUAUUCGGUUCCGAAUUUGAAGAAAAGGGCCACCGAGAUAAUCUUGAAAGCUCCAAAUGAUGUCAAGUUGCUCGAGUUCAAGCCUUCGCUUAUCUCAGCCUCGGCCCUCCUUUGCGCGGUUAACGAAUUUUUUCCAGUUCAGUUUCCUUCAUUCAAAAAUGCUGUUUGCAGCUGUUCUUAUGUAGAUAAGGAGGAUUUUCUGCAGUGCUACGAUAAGAUACAAGGUGUAGCAAUUGAAGGUUGCGAGUCGUUGUGGGCCCUGGCAUUGGGCUCUUGCACGGGCCAGGCAUUGCAGGACAUGAGCGUCGUCCCUUCAAUUUCGGGCUCAAAGGUUGAUAAUAAUAACAAUGAUGGUGAUAAUAAUUAG